GCUCUGGAGAAAGAAAUCUUGAGCUUAGAGGCUCAUUAAAUCCUGCUGCCUCCCUAAACUUGCUGAAUGAUUCUACUUCAAGUGCCCAGCAGCAGCUGCUAGAGAUUGUGCUGCAGCUGCAGGAGCAGUUGUCACAGCUGCUGCAGGAGAAGAGUGAGCUGCGGCAACAGCUGCACCAGAGCAAGCUGCUCUGUGCGGAGCUCAACGCACAACUGCUGCAGAUGCAGCACUGGCAUCAGCCUGGCAUCAUCGCUGGUGAGCAAAUUGGACAAUGA